AUGUUUAUCCUUUUUCACUUAUUCAUUUCGGCUUGUGGAAUAAUCUUGAAUACUCUUUUGAUUUAUGCAGUAAUGACAAAAACACCAGAAAAUAUGAAUAAAUAUACAUUGAUCAUUCUCAAUGUUUCGUUCACAGAUUUAUUUCUAUGUUUUCUGGAUAUUUUUGUGAUUCAAAGAUUAGUUUCGUGUGGAACUGCUGUUGUUUAUAUUUCAAUGGGACUUUGUUCACGGUUUUCAAGUAGUUUCUGUUUCUUAAUGUAUACAAUUCAAAUGCAUCUUUAUAUGCAUUCAAUUUGGAUGUUGUUCGCUUCUUAUGCUUAUCGUUAUUAUGUUUUGGUUAAAUCAGAAGUAACAAGAACUCAAAUCCAAUCGUUUUUGAUGUUAUUAUAUAUUCCAUCGUUAGUGCAAAUGAGUAAUGUAUUAGUUGAACACGGAGAUGAAACGAAAGCGGCUGAAAUUCUUACCAAGAAAUAUCCGGCAAUAAACACUUCUGAUCUAGUUUUAACGACGAAUUCUACAAUAUUUACAUUUUCAGUAAUGUAUGUUAUUGUUCACAUGAUUGGGAAUUGGAUUAUUAUUAGAGGCAUUAUCAUUAUUUUUACGGAACAGAAUUUUAACAAGAAUCAAUACGACCUUAUCAUCUGCUCCAUCAAGAAAGAUGCAUUUGCAUUUUGUUAA